AUGGCUUGUAUGAUGCUGUCUGGAACAGAGCAGGAAGGCUUUGAUCAGGCUUUCAUAGAAGAAGCAAUCUUUGGACGGCUUAAGGAUGACAACAGAGAUGUUGUGAUGUCUGCUCUCAGUUCUUUGGAGACUUUCAGGAAGCAAGUCAAUCCAGAAGUAAUAGUAUCAAGUCUUUUGAACAUUUUCCAGAAAGCUGAUCUUUCAAAGGACGGAAAGUGGUACAAGGUUUUGGAGCGAGCAGUAAAGAUUUUAGUCAAAGAGAAGAUUCUGAAAGAGAAGAAAGAACUGCUAGAUGCAACAGUAAUGCAGUUAUUACCUUUUAUGACAAUCACUAAUGCAAAUUCAAAAUCUUCAGAUUGGAAAAUGGCUGUUUGUUUGUCAGAGUCCGACCUCUGCUCCUUACACCCUUUACUGAAAGGCUGGCCAGAAGCUCUUGAAGAGGCAAUCAAAUCUACCGAGUCUGCAGAGUUGGUUGGAGUGGCCAAUGAGAAAAUGAUUCUGCUACUUUCUGGAAACUUGACUUCAGGGGACCCUUUGUUACUGUUGCAAAUGGUUGAUGAUCUGAUACUCGUUGCUGAAACAGAAUCUGACAGUGUGGGACAGAAAGUAACUACUCAUAUAAUUGGUUCAGUGCUUGUUCAGUGCUGCUGCAAUACACAGAUGAAGGAAAAUUAUUUCCCAGUGGCUAUCAGAGUCUUCCGCUUCUUGGAUAAAAAAAUUAAAAAUCUCAGAACUUAUGAACCUGAAGAGGAAACUCCCCUAAAUUGGUCUGUUGAAACAGCAGAGGAAACUUUGGUGCCUAAGGACUUGUUAAGUGCAUAUAUAGGAAAGCUCAGUAGUGAUGAGACUGCUCAUGCAGAGGAGUCAGCUAUGGUCCUGUUCUUAUUGAAAAACUUCAUUAAUGGCCUAAAACCUCCCCUGUCCUUUUCAAAAGAGGAAUCUUGGUGGAAUCCUGAAUCUCUGAAUCAAAGUAGCCAAGACUAUCUGCAUCUCCUUUUGGGGCUGUUUGACCUGCUUGUCAGUGGAGCUAGUGAGGGAAGUGAUGCUCUUCAGUACAGAGCAUUGAUGAAUCUCUUAUUCAAGGUACAUCUAAAAGAUUCAGAGGUUCUCUUCAAAUUCCUUUCCAUUUUAUGGACUUACAGUUACAACCUUUCAAAUCAACUGAACUAUGAAGUCAGUGCAAUGCUACAGACUCAGGCUCUAUAUAUUGGCUAUGCACUGCUUGAAUCACAAACAAACCAGAAAAAGAAAAAACUGCUAUCACCAUCAUCUCCAGUGGUGAUAUCUUUGCUAAUUAACCUGGGUAGUCCUGUGAGUGAAGUUCGAAGGGCUGCUCUCAACUGCCUCCAUUCCUUGAGAGGAAUUAAGGACUCUCUAUUUCAUCCUGUCCUUCAUCAUUUGGAGGAAAAAACAGAAGAGAUUGUAUCUGACCCUACAUACAUAGCACAGAUUAUGGGAACUCUAUUUGAGGAGCUUGAGACACAGCCAAAACAGAAAUCUCAGAAGAAAAAAUUGUUGGAAGCUUUGGAAAACAUACUUGAUUGUGUACAGAAUCCUAUUUUUCCAUCAUAUAUUGCAAGAAACCUGCUGAAAAUUCUUCAUGAAAUCCAUGGUGAAAUGGUUCUCUCUCACCUCUUGCCUGUAUUAGACCGUUUGCUAGAGAAGGUCUCUAAAAAACCUGAGGAAAUGUUAAAAGAUGAAGUCAUUCUCCUCCAUCUAAUCCUUGGAAAGUUUAACGAAUAUUCAGCAACUCUCCUGUGCAAGAAUCAGCAGAGUCUAGAUUUAUUUAUCAAAAGUCUGCAUGCUGACAAGAAAAUAUAUGAGGAAAUUCCAGCAUUUCAGAUCACAGCACUUGGGCAGAUUACUAAGCCAUUCUUUGCAGCUGUGUCAGAUGGGAUGGUGCAACAGAAGCUACUGAAAGUAUUGUUUGACUUACUCUUAAACUGCAAGAACCCACUUUGUGCCCAGACGAUCAGCAGUGUGUUUAAAGGGAUUACAGUGUGUGCUGAGCAGAUUGUCAGAGAACUGGAGCCUCCUAAGAAAACCAAAAGUCCAGCCACUGUUCAACAGACUAGAAGGGAGAAAAUGCAGCAACAGAGAAAGCCUCAAGAUGCAGAAUUGGCACCAGAAACAAACCACUUCAGCUGGCAGAGGGUGAUGCUUAUUCUGGAGUUGCUGCAGCAUAAGAAGAAGCUUCGGCGUCCGCAGGCGUUGGUACCUGCACUUUUCAACCUCCUGAGCAGGUGUCUGGAACCCAUGGCAUCAGAAGAAGAAAAUAUGGAAUAUACAAAGCAGCUGAUCCUCAGCUGCCUGCUGAACAUCUGUCAGAAAUUGUCAUCAGACGGUAGCAAGGUCCCAGCAGUUAUCCUGGACAAAGAAAAAUUCAAUGUGGAACUGAUAGUUCAGUGCAUCAGGAUUUCUAAAAUGCCCCAGACACACCACCAUGCUCUGCUGCUCCUUGGUGCUGUUGCUGGAAUGUUCCCUGAUAAAGUUCUUCAUAACAUUAUGCCCAUUUUUACAUUCAUGGGAGCAAAUGUCUUGCGUCUGGAUGAUACUUACACUUUCCAAGUAAUUAACAAGACAGUGCAGAUGGUUAUUCCUGCUCUUAUACAGGCUGAAGACAGUGACUUGUCAGAGUCCUCAGGAGGUGUGGAGGAGGUGGUGAUCAAGAUCAUCCGUGUGUUUGUGGAUGCCCUGCCCCAUGUGCCAGAGCACCGGCGCCUGCCUAUCCUGUCCCAGCUGAUCACUACGGUGGGAGGAGACAAAUUCCUCUGGGUUCUCCUGGUGCUGCUUUUUGAGCAGUAUGUGACCAAAACUGUGACAGCAACGUCAAGCACAGACAAGGAUGCUGUUCUGGAAGCAGACACUGAAUUUUGGAUUUCGAUCUGCUGCGAAUUUAAUGUACGCUCGCAGUUCCAAAGCGUGAUGAAAAUAAUCCAGUACCUGACAGAGCUGCCAGAGAACAAAGAAGAUGAUCCUGGGACAAAAAAGUUAAGAACAUGUAAGACAAAACCGAAAAAUCAGGAUGGGCAGCUCUUUAAUGUGGAGUCUCACUCCGACAAACAACUCCGGCAUUUCAAAUUCUUGUCAGUCUCCUUCAUGUCACAACUUCUGUCCUCUCAGAGUUUUGUGAAAAAGAUAGUUGAAUAUGAAGGAAGAGAAGAGCUGCAGGAGUUGGAACAGAGGCUGUUAGAAGAAGUUCUUCACUAUAUAAACACUGUGGCAUCUUCAGUGGAAGGAAAUGUGGACAAGCCAACGGCCAAAUUUUGGAGGGUUCUGCUUAGCAAGUGCUAUGAUAUGCUGGAUAAAGUCAAUGCCUUACUGCCAACAGAAACCUUCAUCCCUGUAAUUGGGGGGCUGAUGAUGAACCAGCUGCCCUCGGUGAGACGCAAGGCCAUGGACCUCCUGAACAACAAGGUGCAGCAGCGCACCAAGUGGCAGAAGAGCCAGAUCCUGCAGCUCUUAGAGCUGGUUCCUGAGCUCAUUGCCAUUGUCAAGUGUAGAAGAAAGGAAGAAGAGGAGGAGCAAGCCAUCAACAGGCAGACUGCUUUGUUCAGCCUCAAGCUGCUCUGCAAAGGUUUUGGCACAGAAAAUCCAGCACCAUUUGUGCCUGUUCUGAAAACUGCCAUUGAUCUCAUUUCUUCAGAGAAGGAGGAGAAAAAUGUGAUGGGAAGCGCUUUGCUUUGUAUAGCUGAGGUCACCUGUACACUGAAAGCCCAAGCAAUACCUCAGCUUCCAAGGCUGAUGCCAGCACUCUUGAAGACUUUAAAAAAUAAGAAGGAGCUGGUCUCCAAUGAGAUUUACCUGCUGAGUGCCAUCACUGCUCUGCUGAAGGUUGCAGAAACACUUCCACACUUCCUUAGCCCUUACCUUUUGGAGUGCUUGUUGCAGGUUGUCCGCUUGGAAAAGAUUGUGGCAGAGUUUGGUCCUUCUUCCCAGAUAAGUGUCCGUGUAUCAACACUGAAAACCAUCCUAGCAACAAGGCUGGCCCCCCGAAUACUCCUGCCUGCAGUUACCAAGUGUUACAGUGAAGUGCUGCAUACUCGCAAGAACUGCCUGGGUCCCCUUAUGAACAUUUUGAAGGAGCACAUUGCUGGUAUGGAGAAGGAGCACCUGAUCUCCCAUCAGCCUGAACUGACAGCAUUUUUCAUGAAAGUCUUGGACUUCCGAACAGAGCAUGCCGAGGAUGAUUUAGAGGAAGUUGGUAAGAUAGAGGCUUACAUUAUUGACUGUCUAAUCAGUAUGGUUAUGAAACUUUCCGAGGCUUCUUUCAGGCCCCUCUUCUUCAAGCUCUUUGAUUGGUCCAAAACAGAGGCUACCCUAAGAGACAGGCUGCUGACAUUCCACCGAAUAGCAGACUGCAUUGCAGACAAGCUCAAAGGUCUCUUCACCCUCUUUGCCGGUCACUUAGUGAAGCCCUUUGCUGAGACGCUGAACCAGGUCAACAUUUCCAAAACUGAUGAAGCUUUCUUUGACUCUGACAAUAACACAGAAAAGAGCUGUCUACUGUUGCAGUUCACUGUGGACUGUCUGCACAAGCUUUUCCUGUUUGACACACAGAAGUUCCUGAGUAAAGAAAGAGCAGAAACCUUGAUGCAGCCUCUGGUCGAUCAGCUAGAAAAUGUACUUGGAGGAGAUGAGAAGUUCCAGGAAAGAGUGACAGCACACCUGAUACCCUGCAUAGCUCAGUUUUCAGUGGCAAUGGCAGAUGAUUCUCUUUGGAAACCACUGAACUACCAGAUCCUGCUAAAGACAAGGCACAAUUCUCCUAAGGUCCGAUUUGCCGCCCUGCUUGCUUUGAUAGAAGUUGCGCAAAAACUGAAGGAGAACUACCUGGUCCUGCUACCAGAAUCUAUUCCAUUCUUAGCUGAGCUUAUGGAAGAUGAAUGUGAAGAAGUUGAACAGCAGUGUCAGAAGACAAUUCAACAACUGGAAGUAAUUUUGGGAGAACCACUCCAAAGCUACUUCUAAGUUUAUGCCCUUUGUUUUCAAAUUUUGUCGGAAUGUGAAGCAUUAGCUUCCCACAUUCAGGUGUUAUAGGCAAACUGUCAUAACAAUUUUUAUCAGAGACAAGAUUUUAACUUUUUAAUAAAAUAUUUUAAGAAUCUGGCUUUAUAAUUUC